AUGACCACCGGCCACCACCACUCGCCACCAUCACCCCCACUCAGCACCCGCCAUCAUCACCACCACCCACCCACCUCCACUACUCAUCACUACCACCUAGCCAUUACACUCCAUUAUGAACACGACUACCACCAACUACAACCUGCCACCCAUCACCACCACUCGACACCACAACCCACCGCUCAUCACCACCAAUCGACACCACUACCACUACCAUCACCACCACCCAUGACCAUCAUCCAUCACCACCGAUCACAACCACCGGCCGCCACCACCCGCCCCCAUCAUCCCCACCCACCACCCACCACAACAAACAGCCACUUACCUCCACCAUCCAUCACUACCACCCACUCACUACCCACCAUUUAUGACCACUACAUGUCAUUACUACCAACCACCACCCACCACUCAUCACCACCACUCCCAACCAUCACCCGCUUCAACCACUCAACACCCCCGACCACUACCACACACAACCCAUCACCACUGACCACCACCACUCAUCACCACCACCCCCCACCAUCACCUCCACCCACAAUGUCCAAUCACAUAUGA